AUGAUGUGGGGAAACUGGACAAUUGUCAGUGAGUUUGUCCUUGUGAGUUUUUCAACCUUAUCCUCUGAGCUACAAGCUCUACUGUUUCUCCUUUUUUUGACUGUUUACCUGGUUACUCUAAUGGGCAAUAUUCUCAUCAUCCUGGUCACUACAGCUGACUCUGCUCUACAAAACCCUAUGUACUUCUUCCUCAGGAACUUGUCCUUCCUGGAGAUAGGCUUCAACUUGGUCAUUGUGCCCAAGAUGCUGGGGACUCUGAUCAUCCAAGACACAACCAUAUCCUUCCUUGGCUGUGCCUCUCAGAUGUAUUUCUUUUUCUUCUUUGGGGCUGCUGAGUGUUGCCUCCUGGCCACAAUGGCAUAUGACCGCUAUGUGGCCAUCUGUGACCCUUUGCGCUACCCAAUCAUUAUGAACCGCAAGGCCUGCGCCCAGCUAGCAGCUGCCUCUUGGUUCUCAGGGUUUCCAGUGGCCACCGUGCAAACCACAUGGAUUUUCAGCUUCCCUUUUUGUGGCCCCAACAGAGUGAACCACUUCUUUUGUGACAGCCCCCCUGUCAUUGCACUGGUCUGUGCUGAUACCUCUCUGUUUGAACUGGAGGCUCUGACGGCCACGGUCUUAUUCAUCCUCUUUCCUUUCUUGCUGAUCCUGGGAUCCUAUGUCCGCAUUCUUUCCACUAUCUUCAGGAUGCCCUCAGCUGAGGGGAAACGCAAGGCCUUCUCCACCUGUUCCUCCCACCUUCUGGUUGUGUCCCUCUUCUACAGCACUGCCAUCCUCACAUACUUCCGACCCCGGUCCAGCACCUCUCCUGAGAGCAAGAAGUUGUUGUCGCUCUCCUACACAGUAGUGACUCCCAUGUUGAACCCCAUCAUCUACAGCUUAAGGAACAGUGAAGUGAAGUCUGCACUGAGGCGAGUCAUCCGCAGGACCCUGGGCCCUCAGAAACUAUGAUUGACUGACAUGGAAACUGAAGGGGUGGAAGGCAAGGGCAAAGGAGAGAAAAAAUAAUUCCUCAAAUGAGUUCUGGUCUCUCUUCAGUCUAGGAGCGAUGCUCUAUCCACUAGAAUUUUGGACUCUACUAGGAUCCAUUUCUCAAUGAUCUCAAAGAUCAUGAUUCUUUGGAUUCUGUGGGAUUGUGGUACCAAUGCAUCUGAGGAUGCCGCCAGUUUACACAGAUUAGGAGCCUAUCCGGAGGUUGAUAACAUCGCUACAAUUUGCCAUUCGUUACUUGUUUUAACUUUUCUUGAA